AUGAAGGCCGUUCUUCGUGUCAUUCUUAUUGUUUGCACUUUCACAGUAAGUCCGGUGUCCGAGAGAGGGCUUUCAGUGUUUAAAAUUUAAAAAUGUUUCUAAAACGCUUUUAACUAAAAAAAUAUAUUUUCCGAGUAGAAAACAUCACUAAAGUGAAACAGAAUGCCACAGCUAGUUUUUAAAAAUAAAAAAUCAAAAUACUUUGAAAUUUUUUUAUUGGAAACAUAAUGUCGUAUUUUGAAAAUAUGAGGUAUAAGCAAUUUCUUAGGUAACACAUGGCAGCCAAUAUAAUCAUGCGUUGUACGAUCAUCUCUUUAAGAACUACCGAAAAGAAGUUAGGCCGAUCGACUACACGAAUCCUUCAGGUAAAGUAACUCAUAAAUACACUUUGUUUAAUAAAUUUGAAAAAAUUUGCAUAAGCAGCUUGUUUUCUAUCUAAUUUUCAACCACAAAGAGGUUAAAAAUUUCAAAGAAUUCGUCAGCUUUUUGUAAUUUUCUGAAUAUUGUUCUAAAACUUAUCUAAUCGGACAGAAACGGAUUUGUCAGUCAAUUUACUUUGCAGCUCCGACCAAUGUAACGAUCCAAUUAUACCUAAAACAGAUUCAGAAGGUCGUUGACAGUGAUCAGAUUGUCAAGUUGUACUGUUGGCUGGAAAUGGUGAGUAAUGCCUAAAACAAGGUCGAAUCUUUUAGUAUUGGCGAGAUGUGAACUUGCGAUGGAAGGAGUCGGAUUUCAAUGGCACAACUCAACUCAUCAUUCCCUCCAAUCAUCUCUGGCGGCCUGAUCUUCUUGUGUAUAACAAGUAAGACAUAUCUUUCAAGUUUUAUAUAUUUCGUUCGUAUUUUAUAAUAAUUUUAUUUUAUAGUUUAGCUUCUCCUAUUUGAUCAAGAUUUAUUUUACUAGUUUUAAGGUUUUUUUUUUAACUUUUAGAUCAUAUUCGUAUUGUUAAGUAUCCUUUUGCCUUUUUAGUGCUCACAUGAAUGUUGAGGACAACGAGCUCGAGACGAACGCCGUUAUCAGAAGCGAUGGGAGAGUGAGUGUUUACAGAGCCAUGGUAACUCAGAUUACUUGUCAACUAGAAUUGUGAGUGCUCUUGAAACAUAAAUAAUAUAAAAAUGCUAAAAAUACAUGUUAUAGUAGGUAUAUCUUGAUUUUUAGAGAAAACUUUCCGUUCGAUCAGCAAAUCUGUUUUAUCAUGUUGUCGUCGUGGAGUUAUGAUGGUUCGGGUAUUAUGUUGAAUACCUUGGUCUCUACAGACCUUGAUAACAGUCAGAAAGACCUCAGUAAAAUCAGUACGUUGGCACAUUACAUGCCGAACGGGGAAUGGUAUAUGAAUGAUUUCAAGAUUCAGCGGAAUUUAAAGUAUGUUUUUUUAAAUUAUUGGGUAAUUUUAACAUUAACAAAAUUUGCAAAAAUUUUUGGUUGUUCUAAAAGUGUGAAGAACUACCUCCUUUUUAACUUUAUUUAUACACAUUGAACCUUAAAGUAUGAUUAUUUCCAGGUAUUACGAGUGCUGUCCUUAUGCCUUCCCUGACUUGACCUACUACUUCUCUAUUAGACGAAACCCUAUCUACUAUUUGUUUACUCAGUUACUGCCGAGUACUUUCAUUAGCAUCAUCACGAUGAUAGGAUCGUUCACGGUGCAUUCUUCUACGGGUGAAAACGAAGAAAAGAUCACGUUGGGAGUGACAGCUGGCAUGGCGAUUGUCAUUAUUUGUAAGUUCAAAAGUGUAUUUUUACUGAAUAUUUUUUUUGUCGUAAUACGGACGUUUUGUAUAAAAUUAUAUAUAUUGUGGUUAUAUUAUCCUACAUUUGUUAUCAACUCUUGUUAUGUUGCAGUAAUGAUGGUGGCCGACAAACUCCCAGCCACCUCCAACGAUCUUCCGCUUCUGGGAAAGUUCUACGUUGGCCUGAUCUUCAUAAUCUUCUUUGGCACGGUAUGUACCACCAUCGUUCUCAAUGUGCAGAUGAAAGGAAACCACAUGGAGCCAGUGCCAUUAUGGUUCAAACGACUGGUCAAGAGGUAUCGUAUCUUUCAAAUCGUAUUCGAACGCUACUGGAAACAGACGCAGAAAGAAGUUCGGAGCUACGAUUGCACAAAGGAGUCGCUUUUGAUUCACUCACAGUCCGUGAACGGACAUCUGAAUCGGGGCGACGGUCUGAAAGAGAACGGUGUCAAACUCAAUUUGCAUAAAUGCCCCGGGGUAAGCUGAUUGUAAAGUAAUUGGGUUACAUCUGCAGUCUUAAAAACAGUAGGAUUUCAAAACUUUUCUGCAAAUAUAAGCCUAGAAAAGUGGUUAUUGCUCGACUAUGUUUGUAAAAGUGCAUUUAAGCACAUAAGCCAGCUUUUAACAAUAGUAUUUCAGUAAUUUAGGUAUUACUGGUUUAACUAUGGUUCUGUUUACUUGUUAACUUUAUUUUGACAACUAACAAAGGGAUUUGUGACACUUUUAAAAGCCAUUCUGACAGCCAUUUUCACUUUCAGUAUACGCCGACUAGCCAGAACUUUGCGACUUGCUCGUUGUACAGUAAGAUCCUGAGCACGGUGACAGAGAUUCACGAUAGUACGCGCUUCAUGCUUGACCGUUUCGAGCAGGAUCGUCGCAGGAGCGUGUUACGUCACGAUUGGGAGAGCAUAGCCCGAGGGCUGGACCGAGUAUUCCUCACCAUCUUCGUUACGGUGACGACCCUCUAUGCCUUCUGGCUAUUUACCCAGUCCUCGUCGGCGGCGCUUAUGAUUACACAGGAGUUUAUGAACCAGACCUCGGCCAUCGCUUGA